UAGAAACCUGCACACACACACACACACACGUUUAUAAUGGACUCCAAAAGGUCAUUAUCUGAUGCAGAAGAGCUCGCGGAUUUAGCCACAAAACACGCGAGGAUUAUUGAGUCAGGAUGGACUGGUGCAAAUGAGCGCACGUUCCUGGCAGUGAAGCCGGAUGGAGUUCAGCGCAGACUGGUGGGUGAAAUCAUCCGCCGAUUCGAACGCAAAGGUUUUAAACUGGUCGGCAUGAAGCUCCUGCAGGCAUCAGAGGCGCAGCUCAGACAGCAUUACUGGGAGCUGAGAGAGAAACCUUUCUACAACGGCUUGGUCAAAUACAUGAGCUCUGGACCCAUUGUUGCAAUGGUUUGGCAGGGGCUGGAUGUGGUGAAGACGGCCAGAAAAAUGCUUGGAGAGACAAACCCAGCAGACUCCCUGCCAGGCACUAUCAGAGGAGACUACUGUGUGGAAGUGGGCAGGAAUGUGAUUCACGGCAGUGACUCUGUUGAAAGUGCUGCUCGGGAAAUCUCCCUGUGGUUCGAGGAUCAUGAGCUGUUCUGCUAUGAAGAGUGCGGUCAGCACUGGAUCUACGCUUGAAAUCAUUCAUCAAACACUCUUGCGUUCAUCAUCAAUCACACACAGCUUUAUCUGAUAGCUGCUUAUCAAAGUCAGCUCUGCACGAGCUAUUAAGUGACCAAAAUAUAAAAACGCUGGCUUAUGUUGACAAGGUAAUUGAUCUGAAAUCCAAUUAUUGGUCAAGCUUGAAUGUGCGGCUUACUUGCUGCUUUUGUAAACGUGUAUUUAGGCUUAGUUUGCAUUUUCAGAAAGUUGGUCAAUCCUGCACUAAAGUGUUUACAUCCAUCUGAAAGACACUGUUUACAUUUUUAAAUCCAACUUUUGAUAUAGACAUGUUUGUCAUCUUGAUGCACUAUGAAAAAAAAAACGACAUUUCCAAAUCAAGACUUCUUAAUCAGGACUCAUGAAAGCAAUAAUGAAUGAAGGGCCAGCAUGCUCUGAUAACUGACUUGAACAUCACAUAAUGCUUUGUUUCAGUGCUUGGAACUCACCUGACCAAAGGGCCGCCUUACUUUAAUAAAUUAUUACUCUCACUUUGA